AUGGUUUCACUGCUGCCCUCUGCCAAGUGGCUGCUGCCGGAGCAGCGAAUCUUGCACUCCGAGCUGACAGUGACUGAGAAGAGCUCAGUCAAGUCCUUGGCCAUGGCUUUGGCCGCACGUGUGGCGCAGCUGCCAUCGGACAAGCAGGCUGUCGCCCUCAGUGUCGACUUGCGAAUCCAUCAAACCGUCAGAUGGCACAGACUGCUUAAAGCAGCCUAUGCCGUCGCCACGGCUCACGAGUGGCAGGUGCGGCCCAAGCUGCAGAAACCAACCCGGCCCUUCCGCUGCGUGGCGUCGCUCCAGAGAGGCGACGAGGAAUGCGAGUGGGAGAUGGGUGGAGACCAGAAGCCGCUCACCUUGACAAAAGACAUCUUGCGCAUCCAGGCGAUCCCAGUGUCCCCAGGGCAGGAUGACAUCAGCUGA